UUUUUCGGUAAAUCCCUACAAAAUAUUCAGUUUUUCGGUAAAUCCCUACAAAAUAUUAAGUUUUUCGGUAAAUGGUUAAUAUACUGAAGCCUAUAAUUUUUAGUGUUGUUUUAAAAAUUCUAACUACAUUCUAUAUUUUGGUAAAUGGGUGCCGUUCUAUUUUUUUAUCAACUAAUUUAGUAAAACUUCAUAUACUCCGUAAAUCAGUUGACAAACAACAAUAAAAUCGUUAUUUUAGAGAAACGAAGAUGAAAGAAGGUUCCAAACCUCUCUGACCAUCAUCAUAUAUUAUUUCAUGAUACAACUAUGCAUUAAAACAAUAUUGUCAUAUUUUUUGAAUUUUACUCUAAAUCUAACCCCUACAAAAUAUACAAUUUUUCGGUAAAUGGUUAAUAUACUGAAGGCUAUAAUUUUUAUUGUUUUUUUAAAAGCAUUUACCAUAUUUUACAUUUGUAUUAAUGUAUUCUAAACUCUCUUACAUGGUAAAUGGGCGUCGUUCUAUUUUUUUAUCAAUUAAUUUACUAAAACUUCAUAUGCUCUGUAAAUCAUUUGACAACUAUGCGUUAAAACAAUAUUGUCAUAUUUUUGAAUUUUACUCUAAAUCUAACCCCUACAAAAUAUACAAUUUUUCGGUAAAUGGUUAAUAUACUGAAGGCUAUAAUUUUUAUUGUUGUUUUAAAAACAUUUACCAUAUUCUACAUUUGUAUUAAUGUAUUAUAAACUCUCUUACAUGGUAAAUGGGCGUCGUUCUAUUUUUUUAUCAAUUAAUUUACUAAAACUUCAUAUGCUAUGUAAAUCAUUUGACAACUAUGCAUUAAAACAAUAUUAUCAUAUUUUUUGAAUUUUACUCUAAAUCUAACCCCUACAAAAUAUACAAUUUUUCGGUAAAUGGUUAAUGUUUUAAAAACAUUUACCGUAUUGUACAUUUGUAUUAAUGUAUUCUAAACUCUCUUACAUGGUAAAUGGGCGUCGUUCUAUUUUUUUAUCAAUUAAUUUACUAAAACUUCAUAUGUUCUAUAAAUCAUUUGACAAACCACAAUAAAAUCGCUAUUUUCAGUUUUUUGAUAAAUCUUUAUAUAUAAUAAAAGGGUUUGAAUUCCUCCUAGGGGAUCUACCUCAGCUGCCAGCGCACAAAUUCGAGCUCUCUGUAGCCGACACCUGUCCUCAUUAAUCAAAACGGUGCGCACCAUUUUGAUUCCGCAUGGGCUCUUUUAUUUUUUUAUGUUUUGGUAGAUUUGGGCUUCAGGCCCGUCCCUUGCUUCCUGCAGAAAACAUCGAAAGGCGUCACCCCGCUAAAGGUGUCCGAUAGAGAGUAGAAUCACCAUGCCUCUUCAGAUCCACCAUCAUCACUAACCUCCACCAUUUAUUAGCUUUUCAAAGCAUAAACCGAUAACAUCACCUAUCACUCUUCGGCUCUCCUCGCCAAUUAUAUAUUGAUCACUCUAUAGAUCCUUCACCGAAAAGUUUCCUGCGACACAGCUAGCAAGCUCUGAGUUUGAUAAAACCGUUGGCGCCAAACUCUUCGAGCAUCAUACUCACCUCUUCCUGACUCGGCGACGCUAGAUCUCUUAUGGAAACAAAGUUGUUGUCGUCUCGAUCGAUUAACUUGAACGCUUGAAUCAAAUGGAGUAAUAAUCGCACAAGUUCUUGGGAAGAACGCUGAUUGUUGAGGUUACCAUACGAUCUGUCGGCGAAAUAGGAAGAAGCACCGAAGCUGAAACAAGAAGGUGCAGAUAUGGAGACAAAAGCUUUGGUUUUGGCGGAAUUUGUUUUAAAUAGAGUACUUACUAUAUUGCUCUAUGUUAAAUUGACUGACGGGUUAUCGUUCGGAUUUGAGUCGAGCGGUUGGAUCUCAUCUUCUCGAUAGACGAAGAUUCACAGUCUGGAUCAUAACGCUGUUGCAAAGAAACGAUGAUAUGCUUAGUUAAGACGCAAAGAGAUAUGUAUAUGGUAUGAAAAUCGAGAAUUGAUGCAAGUGAUGCUGAUAAGAAGAUGGACAUGUCAGUUCAACAGUGGUUCAAGGAUCCAGUGUCCCUGUCAAAAUUUCUCCGACACUGUUCCAUCUCUUCUUUCUUUCUACAUCUCCAUAGACGGUUCCGACUAUGUGCUUUCUCCUCUUAAGAUAUAUUCUCAUGUACAGAUGGGCCCUUCAUAUAUGCCGGGCUUGGUGGAAGAAAAUAGUUUGGAUACUCAGGUUGUACCAGUCCCUGGCUCUGAGUUAAUCAUGGCACCUUCUCAGUGGAGCAGUAAAUAUUGUUGGUAACUUGACAGACUUUUAAAAAAUGUGGAAUUCGCUUUGUCUUUUGCCUUCAUGUUAUAUGAGUUGAGAGAAACUCUUGAUUUGUUUUUGUUAAUGUGGAGUGGACUCAAACUAUUUACCCAUGUAAACAUAACGCUAUGUAUUUUAUCUAUGAAUACCCCUAGUACUCCAAUAAAAUCAUCUUUAAUUGAUCACUCUAUUCUUUCUUCAAAAUAGAGUAAUUCUAAAAUGGAAAUGAGUUAUAUUCUAAUGAUACUCUAUAAAAUAUUUUAUAGCAAAAACAAAAGAGAAUAAAAAUAAUGAACAAAACAUAAAUGAAUUACUUAAUCAUGGAGUAAAACCAUUUUUAACUCUAUUAUAUAGUUUAAAACAAAAUUAGAAUUAUGAACAUAUUUACUUUAAACUCUAUUUUAUAUUGAAAAAUAGAGUAAUGCUAGACAUGCUCUUGGUGAUAUUUAUUCCUCUCUCAGUUUCUUAAUAUAUAAUGUUUUGAGAAGUUUUUGAUGUUUCAGUACAUAAGAUGUUUUCAUUUUUCUAUAUAACUUUUAAGUUUAUUAAAAACUGUGUAGUCAAUAGUAUUUUGUUCUCUAUUUUGUAGUUGGUUAAAUAGUUUUUAAUUUAUACUUUAAAUGAUAUUUUUAAAUAAAUAUUAAAAUUUUAACUGUUUUGUACAUGUAUAAAACAUCUUACAUUUUGAAACGGAUGGAGUAUUACUCAUUGAAUGAGUUUUAAUUGACACUAUAUCUCUACCCGCGCAACCGCGCGGAUGUUUGUUUGCAGUUUUAUAUAUGUAGAUAUUUAUUUUGGAUUAUAAGUAGUAUACAUUUUUAAAAAGUUAAUUGUAUACUUAAAUGUUUAUAUAACUAUUUCAUAUACAAUAAUUUUAUAAUUUUAUACUUUAUAUGUUGUAGUUAAUCAAUUUUUACCGUCAUAUGUAUUUGUUGAUUAUUAUUAUAUAUUUAUCUUAAUAUAUUUGUAUUUAGUUAUUAAAAAAAUUUAUAUAUGCAUAAAAUAGCAUAUUUAAAAAUUAUAUUGUAUUUAUUUAUGCUAAAUUCUGACCCACCUUUCAAAGUUGGAUUUUCUUUAAGCAAUAUUUUUUUUUUACUUUUAUUCAUUUUAGAUAAUAUAUUAUUGUAUAAAAAAAAUAUUAAUUUUCUACAUGUAGUAUAUAGUUUGCUAAUGUUAAGUCGUUCUGUCAUCAUAUUAUAUUUAUAAAAUGAGCAUUUUAUAUUUAUGAAUGGAAAUUUUUUAAAUAUAUCAAUUUAAUAUAAUUUUAUCAUUUUAGCUCAAUAUAAUAAUUUUAUUUUAACAUGACUGAUUAUGAUUAUAAAAUAGAUAAAAAAUAAUAUAAUUUUUUUAUAAACGAUAAUUGAAUAUAUAUUAAUGAUUAAAGUUAAACUAAAAUAUGCAGUUCAAGGUAUAUCACCCUAGUAGAAAUCUCAGUAAUAUGCAAGAUGUCUGUGAUCCGAUGAGUUGAGACAAAAAUCAUAUACCUUGAACUAUAGGUGAAACUCGGAUCUCUGAAUUUUAACCAUGGUUCUUGAAUUAAGGUUUAAUAUUCAGUGACACUGCAUAGGAUAGAUGGUGAUCCUUAAUAUACAAAACAGAUUUGAACUCUAGUGUUAACAACAGCUAAUGCGUUUGUGUUGAAUUUUUGUUUAAUUAUCUUCUUUGUUUUUAAAAGUCUUAAACUUAAAGCCUGUUGGCUUUAAAGCUGGUCGAGCUAAUAAUGAAUACAGAGGUUACAUGAGAAUGAAGAAGGUGACAAAGGAACUUAACCAUAUGUGUGUUACUGAUUCGUUUGUGUACGUCAAAGUUUGUGGAAGAUAUGAGAUUAAGAUUACUCAAUCAACGCAGUAAUACCUAUGGUAAUGGCUACUCAACCAUCAGAAGCAGAGCUGACAUGGAUGAACAAAUGGUGAAUGAUCAAUACGUUAUGGUAACUUGCGCCAUUAAGCUGAGAAGAUAAGGGCUCUGUUCUGUAACCAUUGCGUCAGGACAGCAGCUAAAAGUAUCUCCUCCUUAGAAUAAUCUAAGUCGUAACCCUUACGCCAAAAUUGUUUGGAAAAUAAUCGUAUCUUUUUUAAUAUUUUGCGUGGUCAGUUUAAACAUAUGAGAACUUCUUAGGGAAUAAACAGCGAAUAUUCGGAAAGUAAGAUAUUUCUGUUGGAACAUAUUUUUUAUUUUGAUUAUACUUUCUUUGCAAGAAAAAAACAGCCGGUUUUGAAACAGAGCACACUACGAAUGAUUAGUAUGGUUUUAGAUAUAUGUAUGGUUUUAUAAUUUAUAUGUAUAAUGUUGGUCAAAACUUGUUAACUGGAAGUAUAGUCCCACUACAAAUGUAUUAUAAACAUAUAAAUUUAUCAUAUAUAUAUAUAUAUAUAUAUAAUGUUGGUCAGAACCGGUUUCUGAUUAAUCUAGUUUUAGAUAGAUGAAUGAAUUUUUAAUGUAUGUAAAAUGCAUGGUCAGAAUAUUGAAAAUAUGAUAUAUUUUUUUAUCAAAUGUCUUGAACAAACCGGCUGAAUAUUUUUAUAAUGUUAGGUUUGAUGGUUCUAAUGAGAUUUGACAUUGUAAUGUGUUAACGGUGAAGAAAAUGUAUGCUGGUUAACCAAACCAGAUUUUUAGGCUUACGUGUCAUUAUAGUUACGAUUAUAGGGAGUAUUUUAGGAGUCGCUUGUGACAUAGGGUCACUUCAAGUUUUUAAUUGGCCAAGUGGGUCGCUGCAAGUUUUUAUUGUCGAAACGGGCCGCUAGGGGGGAGAGAAAUAAAUCGGUGACGAAUUUGGCCUUAUGACCCGUCAUGUUCUGGGCCGUGACCCAUGAAACUCUUGAAAGUGACCCACACCAAACGACCCUAAGACUUAGCGGCCCAGAAGUUUUCGCACGUGUGAGGUCGAGAUUUUUUUUUUUUUUUGUGGCUGACCGGUAGCAAAGGUUAAAGGUAAUAUUAACCUUUCCUUUUCCCGCCGUUUACUGUUUUCUGAUAUUUGUGGUAAUAUUAAUUAUACUAAUAUGUUAUAAAACGCCAACUGGGUAAUGGUGAGAAGCAGCUAAAAACUGGUGUACAACUAAAAGAAGCAACCCUACGAUAAGAAGAUAUUCCCAUCCUCUGAGGCUGUCGAUGCUUAUCCACCGUAACUGAAAAGGAUGGAAACAAUUAGCGGUGGUCGGAACGUCGGGUCAAGUAGUGGUGGCACAGGCAGUAAGGAAAUCAGGACCAACACCGGCGAAGGUCUGUGUAAUUCUUGCAUUGUGGUUAUGGCUGGGAGGUGGAUAAUGUUUGACAAUGGAGCUUGGGAUUUCAAGAUAGACAAUGAUAGAAUGGGUAGAGCAGUCGAGUCGUCCAGAAUUAGAGGUGCUGAGGAGUUAAAAACGUGUAUUCUAGCUGCGUAUGGGCUUUUGGGAAGAGAAGUGUCAGCCGAGAUGUCGUAUUGGCUAAAUGAUGGAGAGAGUGAAAUGGUGGGUCUAGUGGCUUCUCCCGUCGAGAUAGCAACGGACAAAGAUUUCAGGAUUUUCAAGGCGCUUCAGCGGGCAGACAAAUCCGUCAAUCUCUUCGUAACAUUAAGAGAAAGUGUUGGAGGAGAAAUGAUAUUUCUAAGGUCGGAACGAGUAAUACGGGUCCAAAUGAAUGCACCCGUUCGACCUCCUGAUGAAGAUGUUGUUUUUUUGAUGGAAGUUCAGCAAAUCGAAGAACGCUACAUACGCAACUCUCAGUCUGGCGGCAUGGUUGCGACGUCAAAGGACCAAGACAAAAGCGGAGAAACUCUUGACGACGGUAGUGGGGCUAAUUCAGAGAAUUUCGAGCAAGAAAAGGGGAAUGUUUGUGGAGAUGACUUGGCAGUGGAUAAUAGAGAGAAUAAGGAAGGCAAAGUCGAAGAAGGAGACGCAGUAAAAACGGCGUCAGAUAAUCUGCCUCAACAAAUCUGUCUCACAGAAGAUACGAGAACGCUAAGUGUUGAACAGGUUUCAGUGGAGAAUGGAAAUAAUGGAGGAGCUCACGAAGAUGUUGCUGCAGAAGAUGAAGGCGAUGAUAGCGAUUACGACUACAAUGGCUGGCAUGAUUAUUGUAGAAACGAUUGCGUGACGGACGACGACGACGAUUUUGUAGAAGGUUCAGGCAAAGGAAGAAGUGGUUGACAGUCUGGUGGUAAGGGUAUUCGUCGUUCUGGCGGUAUUGGUGGUACAGGGAAUGCAAAAUCGGCGUGUGGUAAGAAGCAACGAUCACGUGGAGGUGGAUAUAUAUCCAAAAAUAACGAUUCUUCUGUGGAAAUCACCGAUCUAGCAAGAGAUCUUGGAUCACCCUCCAGAUUGGACACAGAAGUAACAGAGACCGAGGUUGGUGUUGAUAUUGUUCUUGUGACGCCCCCUCAAUCUAAAAACAAACACACUCGGGUGACUGAAGAUAAUGAUGAUGAUGCUGUUGUUGACACUCCUAUUCCCCAGCCGGCCGCAUUUCAGGGUGAAGAAGUAUUGACGAAAGCCGGAGAUAAUGUGAGUGGUACUCCUACAAACGUUGGUUGUGCGCCCAAUCAAGCAACAUAGGCCGUUGAAAGUGGUGACAUAUGUCUCGAAACUCCCCCAAAACAAUAUAACACGCACAACCGUGAGCUCGAAGAUGAGGACGAUGUUGAUCCUCCUGUCACCGCAACUAGACAAGUUCAGGGUGGAGAAGCAUUCAUGAAAGGCAUACAAGUACCAGAAAUGUAUGGAUAUAAUGAUGUAGAUGGUGUGUAUAAUGAAAUGGAUGGAAGCAGCUGCAACCCUCUUGACAUUGACUUCAGCAAGGAGGACUCUGACAUAUACGUGGGAAGGACGUUCAAAAACAAAGCGGAGUGCAAGUUGACGUUGGCUAUCUACGCAAUUGCGAAGG